ACAAUGAAGCCUGAUGAGCUACAUGAGGAGGCUUUACAAUACUACACAACAGAUUACUAUGUGUCUUCUGAGUAUGACAGUCAAAUUCCAGAGGUUUGUGAUGUGAGCAGCAUACAGGAAUUCAGCAAAGUCUUUCAACCAUGUGUACAAAGCCUUGUGUUUCUGAUAGGUAUGUCUGGCAAUACUUUGGUUCUUUUGACAUACAGAUUUGUCAAGAGAAUAAAGUGCAUGACUGAUAUCCAUUUGAUUAACCUGGCAGUGGCUGACCUUCUUCUACUCUUGACAUUUCCCUUUAUGUCUGCCAGCGCAGUUAAAGGUUGGGUGUUCGGGACCCAUACGUGCAAAGUGGUACAGGGCGUGUAUGCCAUCAAUUUCUUCAGCGGAUUCUUGUUCCUGACCUGUAUAAGUGUGGACAGGUGCAUUGAAAUUACCCGGGCAAUCAAGGCCUUUACUAUGCGUCAAAGAUCCAUUUACUGCAGCAAGAUAAUCACCCUGUUUCUUUGGUUGGCAUCUGUUUUACUCAGUCUUCCAGAAUUGAUUUACAGUGAAUCCAAACUACAUGAUGGACUGUAUAUAUGUAAGAUGGUAUUCCCAGAAGAUAUCACCAGUACGGUCAAGAGCAUGAGCAAUUUUCUUCAGAUAAUUCUUGGCUUUGUAUUACCUUUCUUGGUAAUGGCUGUUUGUUACUCCAUUAUUAUCAUAACCCUACUAACUGGCAGAAACUUUAGAAAGCACAAGGCUCUCAAGGUUAUAAUCUCUGUUGUGUUGGCCUUCGUGAUAUUUCAACUCCCUUACACACUGGUCAUGUUCAUGGAAACCACAGACUUUCUAGGAAGUCGUCAGAUGCCCUGUAAUGCAAGAAAGAUGAAAGAUAUUGCCAUCAUCAUUACCAGCAACCUUGCCUUCAUAAGAUGCUGCCUUAAUCCAAUCAUCUAUGCAUUUGUUGGGGUGAAUUUCAGGAACGACAUCCUUCUUCUGCUGAAGAAUUUUGGUUGCAUCUCUACCACCUCCUAUGCUCAGCGCUGUGGAUCAAGCAGAGAUACCCGCACUUCACUAAUGAUGGACACCAACAGCUUUACUUUGUAGAUGCAAUCCAUCUGAAUCCUUCUGAGGAGAAGAAAUUUGGGGCCACAAAUAAGACAUAGUUUUACUUUAGAAAAUACAGUACUUGUAUGAAACAGGACACUUGAGCCCUUGAAAGUUAGGUUGUGUUAAAAUGUCACGUUAAACUUUAGCAUUACCGGUAUAUAAUGGUAGUUUUCUGCAACAUAUGUUGGUAAUUAGCCACAGUAAAAAAUGCACCACACAGUAGCCUACUGUAUAGGAAAGCAAAGUCUUCUGCACACUCCUACGCAGUAAACAAAAAUAAAGGCCAAAAGGACACUCCUAUGGCCUCCACCAGGUAAAUGUGGGCCUAUGGCCAUAACACAUAAGUCAUAAGCUCUUACAAGCACAACCCUCAUUUCUUUUGUUUGAAUUGUUAAAUAGUCUGUUAC